CCGCCUUCCCCGCCUUCCCCGCUGCCGCCGCCGCUUCACCCGGCGCCGGGGAAACAGCGGGAGGAGAAGAAAACGGCGCUGAGCAAAAAUGAGGGUGUUCAUUCCCUGGAGUAUUGGGAGACCCCCAGCGUCAGCGCUGGAAGUCAUUUCACCUUUAAUUGUGAAGUCGAGGAUGGCUAUUGCUGUGGCUGAGCACCUUCUGUCAAGGGCAAGAGCACAUCUCUCUAAUCCGUCUUUAUUCGAGCACUUUUCAAAUAAUACUUGCCGACUAUAACAGGUUGUGCAGGGAUUUCACGGUGUCUGCCUGGCUGGAGAUGUUCAGAACCCACCUGGACAUGUCCCUGUGGCACCUGCUCUAGGUGACACUGCCUUGGCAGGGGGGUUGGACCAGAGAUCUCUUCCAACCCUGACAAUGCUGUGAGUCCUUGAGUACUGUGAGAUUUUAUUUAUUCCCGGGGUUUUUUUACUUGGAAAGCUGAAUCACUGAAAAUUACUGUAACUCAGAGCUCAGUAAAGUUAAAUUCAGAUAUUAGACUAUUCAGAAAUUAAAACAGAUUGCCUAAAGCUUGAUGGCCAUUUUACUGCUUUGUGUGCUGGCAUCAUUCAGCCAGAGGUGUUUCUACAGCUUCCUGGCCUUUAUUAUUGGGUAGUUUAGCUGGGUGUGAUGGGUUGACUCCGGGUAGCCGACCUCCAGCCAUGCACACAUGCUCAUGCACUCCUCCCUCAGCAAGACCCAGGAAUAAGGUAUGAUGGAAAAAACAAAGUGUCAUCACAGGAAAAGCUGACACAGCUGAGGAAGGACUUCAUAGCAGCUUCUUACAGCUUUCUCACAAAGGAAGAUGGAGUGGCAGGCACUGAUGCUUUCUCUCUGGUGGCCAGUGACAGGAUGUAAAGGAAUGUCAUGAAAAUGCAUCUGGGGAGGUUUAGGUUGCAUAUAGAAAAAGGUUCUUCACCCAGAGGGCAGUUCAGCACUGGAACAGCUUCCCUGGGAAAAUGGUCAGCACUAAGCCUGGCACUAAUCAUUUGGCCAAUGCUCUCAGGCACAGGGUGUGAUUCUUGGGGCAGGGCCAGGAGCAGGACUUAAAUGCCUCUUGUGGGUCCCUUCUAACUCAGGAUACAGUACAGUUCUAACAUGGAUAGAAUUUACUUACUUCAUGGCUAAUUAAAAAUUUGAGAAGACUGUUGAGAAAAAAAGAUUGCAACUAAAAAACCUUUCCACCUCCCCUCUUCCUUCCCAGGCUCAACCUCCUCUACCUGGAAGCACUGCAGAAGGGUGAGGAAUGGGAGUUGCAGACAGGAUGUAACAGCUCCUCUCUGCUGCUCCUUCUUCCUCACACUCCUUCUCCUCUCUGGCAUGGGGGACCUGACAAGAGACACAACGGGAUAGAGUCCUUCAUGAAGUGCUGCAGAAGUGUCCUUCCCACGUGCUCUAGUUGUUCAUGACCUGCUUCAGCAUGAGUCUCCUUCAUGGGCUGCAGGCCUUCAGGAUAAGCCUGACCCAGUGUGGACUCCUCUGCACAGGCUGUAGGAGCUAUCAGGGCAUCUCCACUUGCUGUGUCAUGGGGUCCCCCAUUAUUUGCAGGUGGUUAUUCGAAGGCUUCCUCCUUGUCUAACCAAGGAGCAACUGGAGGAGCAGCUGCAUCCUCUACCUGCCCAUGAUUAUUUUGAGUUUUGCACUGCUGAUCCCAGGUUUGGAAUAUCCUGCAGUGGUUGAGUUUGCUCCAUUCCAGAAGAUUUCAAAAAAAAAGCUGAAGAAGAAAGAUGCCAAAGCUGGGAGCAUUGAAGAUGAUCCAGAAUAUAGGAAAUUUUUAGACAAUUAUUGUGCUGAUGAAGAGAAGAUCUGUGCCAAUCCUGAGAUUCUUUUGGGAGAGAUUGAGGCCAAAACAAGGGAACUCAUUGCUAGAAGAACAACACCCCUUUUGGAAUAUAUUAAAAAUAGAAAAUUAGAAAAGCAGAGAAUACGAGAAGAGAAAAGAGAAGAACGAAGGCGGAGAGAAUUGGAGAAGAAGCGUUUGCGGGAGGAAGAGAAAAGGAAGCGCAGAGAAGAAGAAAGACGUAAAAGAAAAGAAGUGGAGAAGCAAAAGAAGAUUUCUGAAAAAGAAAUAAGGAUCAAGCUUCUCAAGAAGCCUGAAAAAGGAGAUGAACUGGCCAGUGAAAAGCACAAAGAAAAAGGUGAAGAAGCUGACACUGAGGAAAACAAAUGGGAUAAGUCACCUGGAUCUGGGAGUAUAAAAUGCAAAUCUUUGGAGAGUUCACUAAAAGAACUUAAGGAAAAGUCACAAAAUGAUAGUGACAAAGAGCAAAGAGAUUUGGAGAGAAGAUUUCGAGAAAAAGAACCUGAAAGACAAAGGUAUCGAUUGGAUGAUGGCAGAAAGCAUAGAACUCACUAUGAGUUUGACAAGUUUAUGAGGAGGAGUGAAGAAGAGCUGAAAUGGGGGAAAGGAUACAACCAAGACAAAGGAAAGAAAGGGAACUACAACUACAGCUUCACUGUGGAGGCAGUAGACAAACUGGGUAAAGAGGACAAGUGUGAUGACAUGGCAUCCAAAAAGGAGCGCAUAAGAAAUAAGGAUCGUCCAGCCAUGCAGUUGUACCAGCCAGGAGCUCGCAUCCGAACACAUGUGGGACCUACAAGUAAAACCUAUGACUGCAGUGGGAAAUCCUUUGAAGAUGCUUUUGAUAAAAAGUGUGAGGCAGAUAAUUCAGCCGGAGGUAGUUCUGAAAAGGUUGAAGAAGCAGAAUAAAACAGUCUGGGGGAAAAGGCUUGUGAAAAGGAAUGAAUUUAAGAUUCAGCAUCAUUACAAAAAAUCCAUUGGGCUGUUUCAGAACUCCACAGGCAAUUGAAACAACAAAAUAAUAAUAGCUCUGCCUCUUACUUUCU